CUCACUCUUUUCCAGUCAGUUCAGGCAACUGCUAGUUUCUGGUCAAAACCUUACGCCCAACUUUUCACAAAAUGGCACACCUAAAUGCAAAACCAUUCCUUGCUGGGAUGAGCCUGGGAUUCCCAGGUGAUCUUAAUUCCAACAGCAGAUCACCUAAACCUGCCAUAACGCUACAGGGAAGGGAGGGCAGACCUCGCGGACGGAUUCUCUGACGGAAAAUUCCGUCCUCAAAUAGAGACCGGGAGGGGCGGGCCUAAUACAACCUGAGCGGCGUGGGAGGCCGCAGAAGCCGCAACCGGGGGCGGAAGCUGGAAGUGAUCACUGUGGCGCGUUGCCGGGUGAAGACCGGGGACCGUUGCUUCACGUCUGGGAGUGGAUGUGGAAGAGCCGGAUGAAAAUGCUGCGUUUGGUGGCUGGGCUGCUGGCGAUCGCGGUGGUGACGAUGACGGUGUUCAUGGAUCGGUACAGUUUUGCGGGGCCACAGCAACCCCGGCUCCCUGCUCGCACCUUCGCUUCCGAGCCGGCGCCUGGGGCGGAGGCCAACAACCUUUUCUGGGUGGUUCAGGUAUCAGACGUGCAUAUCAGUAGGUUUCUGAGUCCCAGUCGAAUUUCUGAUUUUGAGAAGUUCUGUAAGGAAACAAUUCCCAUAAUUAAACCUGCUCUUACUUUAGUCACAGGUGACUUGACUGAUUCCAAAACAAAGGAUAAACUUGGGUCUGAUCAGUUUGAGGUGGAGUGGCAAACUUACCAGACAAUCCUAAAAAGAUCUAAGGUCAUGGAGAAAACCAAGUGGAUAGAUAUAAAAGGAAAUCAUGAUACAUUCAACAUUCCUAGCCUGGAGAGUGUUCGCAAUUACUACAGGAAAUAUUCUGCAUGGCAGAAAGAUGGCUCCUUCCAUUAUGUCCAUAGCACACCUUUUGGAAAAUAUUCUUUCAUUUGUGUGGAUGCAAGUCUUAGUCCAGGUCCCAAGAGACCCUACAAUUUUUAUGGAAUAUUAAAUGCGAAUAAAAUGGAAGAGUUGUCUGCACUGAUCUCAGAAAGUCACGCGAGUAAUCAUACAAUUUUGUUUGGUCACUAUCCUACCUCAUCAAUCAUCUCUGCAUCUCCAGGAAUACGAGUGGCCAUGCGUUUUGCCUUAGUUUAUUUGUGUGGGCAUUUCCAUACAUUGAAUGGUCUGAUGCCGGUCCUUCAUACUCGUCAUCCUGAUGGCACUUUAGAACUGGAGUUGGGAGACUGGAUGGAAAAUAGGAAGUACCGGAUUCUUGCUUUCGAUCAUGAUCUCUUCAGUUUUGCUGACUUGAAGUUUGAAGAAUGGCCUGUAGUUCUUGUCACCAACCCUAAAUCGUACCUUUAUAGUAGCUAUGCUCACGAACCACUACAGCGAAUACUUCAUUCUACCCAUAUUAGAAUUUUGGCCUUCUCACCUUAUCCUAUCAAGUUUGUCAAGGUCAUGAUUGAUGGAUUUUAUCUUGGAGAUGCUGUUCAGGUGUCUGAAUCUCUCUUUGUCCUGAAAUGGGCACCCCAAAACUACAGUCAAGGAUUUCAUCAAAUAGCUGUGACUGUUCAGGAUGUCAGUGGUAAAAGUGCUACUCAGCUUCAUACGUUUGCUAUGCAGGAAGAUCUUUCCCUUAAAUUUGGUCUUUUGGCAUCUUGGCUUCUUCUUACUGACCACUAUAUAUGGGUACGGACACUUUUUUUGUUAACAGUUAUAGCUCAAGUUGCUUUGCUGAUUAUUUUCCGGUUUCGAGAAAAACCUACAUUUAAAAAACCUCUGGGUGUGGCAGUACAAACCUCUUUUUCUCUUCAUGUCCUGAGCAAAACAGACUUAUUCUUCUACUCAUUUCUAGUGCUGAGUUUGUAUACUCUUCUAGGACCCUGGUUUAUUGGUGAGCUUAUAGAGGGUCAUAUUGGCCUCUGCUUCUCCUUUGGGUUAAUUAUUAAUGGCCAUUUCUUUGAAGGCAGCUCAACCUUCCUUGUUGGAAUUUCACAGGUGUUGUUUUUCAACCUACCACUGAUGGUUUACACAUGUUGGUGUCUGUUGCUCCGUUGCCAAGGCCACUGUUUUCGUUCUCAUCUGCAUCAUAUCAAACCAUAUUGGACUGUGCCUAUCCAUUUAAUCAUGUCACUUCUCUUUUUCUGGCAAGUCUUUUCCUGCUACUUCCUGCUGAAGACAUAUGGAACUCUUUCUUUUUUUCUCUCUCCAUUGAGAACUUGGGUUGUUGGGCUAACCCUUUUUCUGGUCUACAGAAUUUGGGCAAUGGAAUCUAUUGUGCUGAGAACCUUUAUUGUAGAUAUGAAGCACUACCAGACUUCCUAAUGGUUCCUUUUUUCAGGAGCUUAAAGUACAUAUUAACUUAAACUGUUAAGUGGCAACACUGUGAACUACUUCAGGUUUGUAUGUGUAAUGUUCUGGCUGCGUAGACAAUUGAUUAUGAAGGUUCAGGACUGCCAUGAAACUUCUUCUGUGCUGCUCUAUAAUAGGACUUUUAUAAAGAAGUUAUACUACUUGCCUCAGGAACCGCUUUCUUAUAUUUAUGAAUAGGCACUGGUUUUGAAUUCAUACUGUUUUAAUGCUAAAGAAAAUUUAUGAAUGAACUAUUGUAAUGUUUUGUAAUUGUUUCUACUUUUUUGUGUUUAUUUAUGAGAUGAUUUACCUAAACAUGGAAUACUUGCACUUUGGCCAAUAGUAACUUAUUCAGCCACAACAGAAGGCCCGUUACGCCAUGUCAUAUCUCCUAUGCCCACCUUCUUUUUCAAACACAGACAUUUCUGCAACUCCAGCCUCUAUUUUUUA